UCCGGUCCGGGUCCAGCUGGAACCCCACUGCCGGGCUGAGGAAGGAAAGGGAGGGGGGCCAGGGACAUCGGGUCUCCUGCCUGGGCUGGCCCUUAUCGGUCACUAUUCCAGAGAGUGGUAUGGAAAAAUGCACCCCAGCUCUGGAAGAAACCCCAGAAUCCAACAGUGCUGUCUAUACCUGUUUCAUGAAAUCCCAUCGGUGCUAUGAUUUGAUACCCACGAGCUCCAAACUGGUUGUGUUUGAUACCUCCCUGCAGGUAAAGAAAGCUUUCUUUGCCCUUGUCACAAAUGGAGUUCGGGCAGCCCCAUUAUGGGACAGCAAGAAACAGAGUUUUGUGGGUAUGCUGACCAUCACUGACUUCAUCAAUAUUUUACACCGUUACUACAAGUCAGCCUUGGUACAGAUCUAUGAGCUGGAAGAACAUAAGAUAGAAACCUGGAGAGAGGUGUACCUUCAGGACUCCUUUAAACCUCUUGUCUGCAUUUCUCCUAAUGCCAGCCUUUUUGAUGCUGUUUCCUCACUGAUCCGAAAUAAGAUCCAUAGACUGCCAGUCAUUGACCCUGAUUCUGGCAACACUUUGUAUAUCCUCACCCACAAACGUAUCCUCAAGUUCCUCAAGCUCUUUAUUGCAGAGUUUCCCAAACCGGACUUCAUGUCUAAGUCUCUGGAGGAGCUCCAGAUAGGCACGUAUGCCAACAUUGCCCUAGUGCGUACCACCACACCUGUCUACGUUGCAUUGGGCAUCUUUGUUCAGCACCGGGUUUCUGCCUUGCCUGUGGUAGAUGAGAAAGGGCGUGUGGUGGACAUCUACUCCAAGUUUGAUGUUAUUAACUUGGCUGCAGAAAAAACCUAUAACAACUUGGAUAUAUCUGUGACAAAAGCACUACAGCAUCGAUCCCACUAUUUUGAGGGUGUACUCAAGUGCUACCAGCAUGAAACUCUGGAGACGAUCAUUAACAGGCUGGUGGAAGCUGAGGUUCACCGGCUGGUGGUUGUGGAAGAAAACAAUGUGGUAAAGGGCAUCGUGUCACUGUCUGAUAUACUACAGGCCCUGGUGCUCAGAGGUGGAGAGAAGCCCUGAUCUGAGUGGAGAGGAAUGCAUAGAAUGCACCAUACCUGUGAUCAGUUGGAUGGGAUACUAGAGGCUCUGAUCCCUUUUAUGAAGCUCACCUACUCACCCUACCUUACAGAAAGGGUAUAAAGGGGUAGAAAAACAUAGAAACCCACACACUUCAAAGGAGUAACCUGUAGCCCAGGCACCAACCAUCUGCACUGAUCCCCUGCUUGAACUAAGGGCUGUGUGUCCCUCAUCCUAGGUAAUUCUGGUCUCUAAGAGAUCCCCAGUCCUUUCAGCACACACCCUGCUCCUGUGUCCUGAGAUAAUGUACCAAGAAA